AUGUUACGUUCAAUGGUUGAAGUUGCAAGGGAGGAAUUUCUGAAGCAAAGUUGUUGUAAGGUCGAAAGAUACUGUAAUUCUAUGCUGCAAUUUGGAGCUUCCGACACAGAUAUUAACCGAGUGGUUGGUGGUUUGAUCGAAAAGAAUAAAGAAUUAGCUAAUUUAUUACACGAUAUUGAGUUGCUAGAAGAAAAGUUGAAGAGAUUGGAAGAAGCAGAUAUGGAACAGAAAUUGUUGCACUUCAAGGAAUUAGGUGGUGUUCUCGAUGAAGAUAGUCCAAAAGAAGGUGCUUCAUAUGAAUGUGAUUUGGAUAGCGCUUUGAAAUUAGAACAGAUACCGGGGAGCAAUAAUCAAAGGCAUUCCAAACGGCAAAGACAUAGUCUUCUUGUUUCGCAGUUGAAGAAGUCUUUACGAUUAGUUGAAACAGGUGAAUUCAUUCUAAUUCCAUCGAAAACGCGUGGUCGAAUAGGUCGUCUUGAGCUAAAUCAGUUGCUAAAGAAAAUAGAUGAAAUUUUUACCGACAAAUAUUUAAGCCAAAAACGUCUCCCUCUUGCACUGAAGAAUGCCAAAAAACAGGAAUGUGAAAAACUGAAGGGACGCUGGUAUAUUACACUGAAUGAGAUCCUUGUUCGACUCACAUCAAAAGAAAAAAUUUGCUGGAAAUAUGCGCUACCUUGUUUGACCCAUCUGAAACGACUGGAGGAAUUACGAGUGGAUGAUAAUAAUGUCUUCAUCGCAGCGGUUUUGUCGUGA